AUACCAGGCCCCACUCUCAGGUCUCGGGCCCUGCCAAUGAGUCGGUUCGGGGCGGAGCCGGGGCCAGAGCCGGCCGUGUGAGAAGCAGGAAAGGGAAAACGAAGGUAUCCCCAACCAGCCGCGGAGCGUUCGCCGCCGCCAUCCCUCUGUCCUUGUUCCAGCUCCGCGCAUCCAGCCUCGAGCCCAGCCUCCGCCAAGCUCCCCCAGGCCUCCCCGGCCAAGGAAAAGGCUCCCUCCCGCGGCCUUGCAGGCUUCCCUUGCUCCGCGUUGAGCCGCAGCCUGGGAAGAAGGCCUCGGGAAGCCCCCGGGCCCUGCGUCCCAGCGAAGCGAGCCCAAGCCGAGCGCGCCUUAGCGCGCCCGAGCGAGCCGGGGGAUCGCCUCCCUGCCUUCGGAAAGGGAGCGCAGCAGAGAGAAGGGGCACAGGCGAUGUCGGAGCCCGGGAAAGGGCCAGACGAGCCCGACGAGGGCCAGUACGACUCCGGCAUUGAGUCCUGGCGCUCGCUGCGCUCCCUGCCCGAGCCACCCCUGACCUCGGGGCCCGCAGACAGCUGCCCCCCGCCCCGGACCGCGACCCGGCCCCCGCCAGGGAGCAAGGAGAGCCUGAAGGAGGAAGAUGGGGAACGGAUGGACUCCGCCUACGGCUCAUCUUCGCUCACCGAGCCUCUGCCCCCGCUGGGGGGCCCCGAGGCCGUCAAGGGAGGGGAACCCCGCGCGCCGGAGGCCCGGGGGGGAACGCUCAGCCCAAAGCAACUUGAGGCACUCACCUACAUCUCCGAGGAUGGAGACACGUUGUUACACCUGGCUGUGAUCCAUGAGGCUCCCACCGUGCUGCUCUGCUGCCUAGCUCUGCUGCCCCAGGAAGUCCUGGACAUACAAAAUGACCUUUUCCAGACAGCCCUACACUUGGCCGUGUACCUGGACCAGCCCCACAUGGUCCGGGCCUUGGUGCAGAAAGGGGCGAGCCGGACACUGCAGGACAGGCAUGGGGACACAGCUUUGCACCUGGCCUGUCAGCACCAGCACCUGGACUGUGCCCGCUACCUCUUGGAGGCCACAGCUGAUCGAGCCCGGAGCCAACACCAACAUCCGGAGCUUUGUCUGCAAAACUGGCAAGGCUUGGCCUGCCUACAUGUUGCUACAUUGCAGAGAAAUCGGCAGCUAAUGGAAUUGCUUCUCCAGAACGGGGCUGACAUUGACAUCCAGGAGGGCACCAGUGGGAAGACGUCCCUUCACCUUGCUGUGGAGACACAAGAUAGGUCACUGGUUCGGUUCCUGCUUCGGAAAGGGGCCCGGGUGGACGCCAGAAUGCACAAUGGCUGUACCCCCCUCCACCUGGCUGCUGGGCGCCAUCUGUCAGGCAUCGCUGCUACUCUGUGCCAGGCGGGUGCUGACUCCUUGCUUCGGAAUGUUGAGGAUGAGACACCGCAGGACCUAGCUGAAGAUCCUCUCACUCUCCUGCCCUUUGAUGAUCUGAAGAUUUCUGGGAAGCCACUGCUAUGUACUAACUGAGGCCAGACCUGGGCCCUUAUGGCUCCUUCCUCAACCCAACCUCGUCAACUGGCCUGCACUCCAGUUCAUGCGAGUGAUCAGCAGCUGCUGUGGGCCUCUCUCUGACUUCUUUGUUCUACCACAGAAAGGGUUGGCGUGGGUGCAAGGGCCUCUGAGAGGUGGAAUUUGUGGCUACAGGCUGAGCAGUCUCUAUGAGCUGAGAGGACUCAGGAUCCCAAGGAGCAGACAAAGAAACAACACCACAGAGGCGGUUUGUUUGGGAGGAAAUCACCUUUCUUAGACUCAGUCAUCACAGGAAGGAGUAGCAAGAUGCUUACAACAGCAAGGGUCCUCUCACCCCUUUACAAAUAUGGAAACAGAGACUGGUUUACCCAAGAGCUGUAGUCCUGUUACUGGGAACACUUCCAGAGCAAGCCUGAAGCAAGUGGCUGAGGGAAGAGGAUGAAGCAUCGACAGGAGUUUGUCCUGUAGGAAAACCUCGCCUCGUCAUCCUGAGAGUAGGAAAUGGUUGCUUAAGGGACUUCUGUAAGAAAAGCCCUGGACUGUGUUUUGAGGAAGAGGAAUGACAUGACACUAAAUUA